UACUUACUACAGUGUACCAAACAAAAACACGAAUGUUUUUUUGCGCGCUCACCUUCGCCGGAAUUUCCUAAAAAAAAACGUAGAAUCGAGUGAAUUGUAAACAUAAUUUCCACCCUCUCCGGAACAUUUUGCGAUUGAUCUAACUGUGCGCUCCAAAAGGAUGUCCGAUGGAGACGUUUUUGUCCUGGAUAAUGGUGCAUUUUAUGCCAAACUGGGAAUGUCCGACUGGAAUGAACCGAAGACAGUUUUGAACUGCAUCACGAAAGCAAAGUCUGAAAGGCGGCGUCCGUUUAUCGGCAACCAGAUAGACGAGUGCCGCGAUGUGUCCGGAUUGUUUUACAUAUUGUGCUUUCAACGCGGCUACCUGGUCAAUUGGGACAUUCAGAAAACGGUUUGGGAUUACAUGUUCAGCUCGGAUUGUUGUCCGGUUAACUUUUCCGAGACAGCAAUGUUAAUAACGGAGCCUCUGUUCAACUUCCAAUCGAUUCAGGAAGCAAUGUUGGAGAUUUUAUACGAGGAGUACGAUUGUGAUGCAAUUUGCAAGACGAAUUCGGUAGAUUUGAUGGCAUUUAAUUAUGUGCACGAAGGUGGCCACAAGAGUAAGCCGCUUUGCUGUCUGGUUGUCGAUAUGGGCUACAGUUUCACACAUGUUGUCCCUUUUUUAAAGGGAGUGAAGCAGAAGGAGGCAAUCCGGAGGAUUGACGUUGGUGGAAAAUUGCUCACAAAUCAUCUGAAAGAGAUCAUUUCCUAUCGACAGCUGAAUGUGAUGGACGAAUCCUAUGUAAUAAAUCAAGUCAAGGAAGAUAGUUGCUUUGUAUCUCAAGACUUCAACGAAGAUAUGCGAAUUGCUCGUAAGAAACCUCAGGAUAAUUCCAUUAUACGAGAGUAUGUCCUCCCAGAUUACACGCAAAUUCGGCGAGGAUUUCUGCGACCACUUGAUCCGAAGAAUAAUGCCAAUGAUGAGCAACAAACUCUAAGACUGAACAACGAGCGUUUUGUGAUUCCAGAGGUUUUGUUCCACCCGUCCGACAUCGGAAUACAGCAGAUGGGUGUGGCGGAAGCAAUCCUAGAUGCGAUUAACAGUUGUCCAGAUGAAACGCGACCACAUCUGUUCAGCAACAUAGUGGUUUGCGGAGGAAGUGCUAUGUUCAGUGGAAUGCAAUCGAGGAUACAGAAAGAUGUUCGAGCCUUGGCACCUGAUGAGUUCGAUGUGAAUGUGACCGUGCCCAAAGACCCUAUCGGCUACGCUUGGCAAGGAGGAAAAGAAUAUUCACAAUCGCUCAGCUUUCUGAAAUCGUGUAUGAGUCGGAGUCAAUACGAGGAGAAUGGGAUAAAGCAUUUGAUCGAAAAAUACGACAACUGAGUUACAAACGGUGAGUAGAUAUUUUCUUUCCUUGGCCAGUUAUUAGCCAUGUUAGCCAUCAACGCUACAUACGAUGUUUAUUUUAUCAAUAACCAUACAUUUGGACAGAUAGUAACACGAUUGAGUGAACAUAAAAUGUAAAUAGAUUACAGUAUCUAAACAUGGGUACAACUCUUCUAUUGUAAAAGAACCAUAAUUCAAAUUAAACCUAAUUUAAGUGAAAACAAAA